AUGAGUAUAGACAUAGGGAAGGGGCAUAACUCCCUUAAAAACAUGAGUCUAGACAUUGGGAAGGGGCAUAACUCCCAUAAAAACAUGAGUCUAGACAUAGGGAAGGGGCAUAACUCCCAUAAAAACAUGAGUAUAGACAUUGGGAAGGGGCAUAACUCCCAUAAAAACAUGAGUAUAGACAUAGGGAAGGGGCAUAACUCCCAUAAAAACAUGAGUCUAGACAUUGGGAAGGGGCAUAACUCCCAUAAAAACAUGAGUAUAGACAUAGGGAAGGGGCAUAACUCCCAUAAAAACAUGAGUCUAGACAUUGGGAAGGGGCAUAACUCCCAUAAAAACAUGAGUCUAGACAUAGGGAAGGGGCAUAACUCCCAUAAAAACAUGAGUCUAGACAUUGGGAAGGGGCAUAACUCCCAUAAAAACAUGAGUCUAGACAUUGGGAAGGGGCAUAACUCCCAUAAAAACAUGAGUCUAGACAUAGGGAAGGGGCAUAACUCCCAUAAAAACAUGAGUCUAGACAUUGGGAAGGGCAUAACUCCCAUAAAAACAUGA